ACGAUAUAACACAAGACAGAAAAAUAACAAAAAAAAAUUACUAUACCAUAUUACUAGAGAGAGAGAGAGGUGUGUUUGUUCAUUGUUGAUCGAUUGGGGAUCUGAUAACCAAUGGCAUCGAAUGUGGAAGAAGGGAACACUAACAAACCGGCGAAGAGAAAGCCUGUGUUCACCAAAGUGGAUCAGCUCAAACCAGGAACCAACGGUCACACUUUGGUCGCUAAGGUCUUGUCCUCCGACACCGUCCUUCACAAAGGAGCAGGAGGAGGAGGGUCUUCUUCUUCUUCCCAAAACAUUCGUCCCACCGUCAUCGCCGAGUGCCUCAUCGGUGAUGACACCGCCACCGUCAUCUUCACCGCUCGCAACGAACAAGUUGAGUUGAUGAAGCCUGGAACUACAGUAAUUAUUCGUAAUGCAAAGAUUGACAUGUUUAAGGGAUCAAUAAGGCUUGCUGUUGACAAAUGGGGGCGCAUUGAAGUCACUGAACCUGCAAAUUUCGUAGUUAAAGAGGAUACCAACUUAUCUCAGGUCGAAUAUGAAUUGGUGAACGUGGUUGAAGAAUAAUUUUAUGUGGAAGUACUUUGGUAACUAGCUAGCUGUUAAGGCACAACUUAACUGGUCAUAUGGAUGGGGUGGUAUAGAUUCUCACUUUAAGUAGCUAGCCAGUAUUACUCUUUUAACAUGCUUGACAUCAUUUUGGUUACAAGUAGCAGGGUUAUUAUGUCAAGUGUUCAAUAUUAGAAUGGAUGUAAAACUAUCUGUUUGAUAACGUGGGGGAAUAAACGUACUUACCUAUUGAGUAUUGA